AUUUGGCUGACAGCGACCGUUGCACCAUGUGGGAUUUCCCAAGACGUUUGCACCUCCUUCUUUAUGAUACUUGAUGCCCGCCUACUCUUUUCCUCCCACCGACACUUCCACUUCCAGACACCACGAUAUCACCCAGAGAAGAAGACGCAGCCCAGUUGUUGAAAUAGAAGUGGACACAACGGCAGCGAGAUGCGAGCAAUCAUGACAGAAACGCAGCUUUCCAUGACGGAAAGCUCCGCAGGGGUCACAGCCGUGCCCUUUUCAGCUAGCAAUGACUCAAGCUUCCUGGACUCACCUUUUCGUUAUCAACUCUUCCCCGCGGCGUACAGCAUCAUCUUCAUCGUGGGACUCUUUGCUAACAUCUACGUCUUGUUCGUGCUACGCUGCCUACGAGAAGCCAAGGCCAUGGGGGAAAUCCGCAUCUACAUGACCAACCUAACCAUCGCGGAUCUCCUCUUCGUGUGCGCCCUCCCAUUUUGGAUUAGUUAUUACGACCGCCAAGGCACGUGGAUCCACAAAGACUUCCUAUGCCGCCUGACUGGCUCGUUGUUCUUCAUCAACACCUACUGCUCCAUCCUCUUCCUCGGCGCCAUCAGCGUCAACCGGUACUGGGCGGUCACCCGGCCGCUCGACGCGGCCUCGUCGGACCACAGGCGCCGCGGAAUCGCUGUUUGCGUUGUCAUCUGGUUGAUGACCAUCUCCAUGGCUAUUCCGUUUCUCACCAGUCCGGGCACCAACCAGGACGGCAACGUCACCCGCUGUUUCGAGGGCUACCAGAACGGGGACGACUCAUCCAAAAGAGUUGUGGCCGCCAUGCAUUUCGCAAUCAUCGCAAUGUUUUUUGUCGUUUUCAUGCUCGUGGUGGUGUGUAACCUCCUCAUCGCCCGAGCCUUGUUCUCCCAAAGCGCUCCUCUGUCCGAGUUCAAGUCCGGAACGAUUUUAUCCAGGAAGUCCAACGUGACAAUUUCCUCAUCCAGGAGGCCCACGGGAGUAAAAGGCAGAGCCGUGCAGAUGCUCAUGGCGGUGGUGGGCGUCUUCGUCCUGUGCUUCUUGCCUCAUCACAUCGUCCAAGGCUUCUGGACACUGGCGGUACUGCAGAUCCAAAAAGGAUGGGGCCAUGUGGACUGGAAUGACGAGACCGUGCAGGCGCUCAACGACGCGCAUCAGGUCACGCUGCUCCUCAUGGGCCUCAACUGCAUUCUGGAUCCGGUGGUGUAUUGUUUUGCCACCAGGAAGUUUCGACGGUACAUCAUGGCUCAUCUCAAGAGGCUGGUGAAGGGCGAGAGCUGCUCGCACACUGUGACCUCGCAAAUAUCUUUGGACAGUCGGCACCAGAGCCAGAGAUUUCCCGGUGAGCCUAACCAAGAAGAGCUCCACUGACUCAAACGUACCCCGGCGAUGGCGUACUAAGCUAGCGGGUAACGCCAGAAGUUCAUGUUUUGUCUAUCCUAUCCAUACAGCCGUUUUCCAGACCACUGAACAUGUGACCGGGAGGCGGUGCGGCUAAAGGGGAAGGCAAUCAAAUGAAGAGAUAAGACUGCUGGGUUAGUUUAGUUUAAUACAAUAUUGAGGACCAAUGAUUACAAUUUUGCUUGUAAAUGUAGACCAGUGCUUCUUUUACCCAAGCAGAAAAAGACCUGCUGCUCCUGACCACAACCACUGCUUCUUUUUUUUUUUUUUUUUUUUUUUUGCACACUGAAUUGCACCAAUCCGGCUUCCUGUGUGAAGUACGCGGAGAGAAAAGAAGAAGUUUUGCAAGCAGAAGUUUGUGAGAUUCUUUGCAAGUCUGAUUCUUUAUCUGAUGAGAAUCCAGCAAGAGAACUGACACAAAACAAUUUUGCUCACAGUAAUCACAGUGACAUUUAAUUUAAUUGAAUUUUAUGUUUUUAUAGUGGACAGCAUUUCCCACCAGCCCAACGGGACAGCACAGAAAUAAUACUGCCUGAGUUGCGUUUUUUUUUU